AUGCAACAACCUUCCUUUGGGUUGCAACAACCUUCCUUUGGGUUGCAACAACCUUUAUUUGGGAUGCAACAACCUCCGUUCGGAAUCGGACCGAUGCCACAUCUACCGUCAAUUAAUAACUGUCAAGGUGGUUGUAUGCCUGGUACGGCUGCUACGUAUGGGCUCACAGGGGGCGGUUUACCACCAGUGCAAACGCAGUACAGUGGAUACGCUCUGCCACCAUACAGUGGUUUUGGUCAGUCGUCAGUGCAGCAAGUGCAAGCGCCUCAAUCUGUCCAAGAGGUUUAUGCCUCUAACUGA